UCAGUGACAUCGUAAAAAAAAUAAAAACAAUAAUAAAUCAUGACUGCUCUAUACCCAGCUAACAAUUUCUGGUUCACAGAAUAUUCUGAGAAUGUUACCUUUUAGUUUCCUGAAGAUUUGCCCCAGGUUGUCCUAUGGUUCUCCUAAUGUUAGCUCUCGGUUGCACAUUCGUUUCUCAGAACAUUCCCCUAACAUUACUUUGGUCCCACCCUUUAUUCAACCUUAAUAGAACGUUCUGUUUUGGUUUAAGGGAGAUAUAGUUAGAUAAGUCACAAGAAAGUUGUUGUUGAGUGAAAAACAUCUGGCACGUUCCAAGAUUAACAUCACUGGGACUAUGACAACCACGCUGAGGUAAAAUACCAGACAUAUUUUAAACAUGUGUUCCCCCCCUGACUGACUUUGUCAUGUAUGAAGACUGGCAGUGAAAGAGUUAAUGAAAGUGGGCGCGUGGCGCUGCUCAGUCCCCUCCCUCUCUGCCUCCCUCUCUCUCGCCCCUUCCCUCCGCCUUCUCUGCAUGUGUGUGUGUGUGUGUUUGGGUGUUUGGGUCCGUCCGUCUCGGGGAGGAAACAAAGUUUCUCAUCUUCAAACCCUUAUUAAUACGGAAUCCUGCCACAUACACACAACAGCAGCGCGUCAGUGAAGGUCCACACCUCCCUGCUCGGCGAAGAAGAAGAAGAAGAAGAAGAAGGAGGAGGAAGAAGAAGAAGAAGAAGAAGAAGAAGCAGACUUCACUGUCUUUGUCAGACCAUGCAAAGCUUUUAAACCUCACUGGUGACAGUUUUCCUGAAGUUCAGAGACUGACAAGAUGCGCUCCACCGUGGAUGCAGAGAGAAGAGGAACUAGCAGCAACAACAAUAACCGCAGCAACAGCGGCACUGGAAACUCUGGUUCUCAGUAUGCACUGUGUGCUCUGGGGGUGGGGCUUAUUGCCCUCGGCAUAGUGAUGAUUGUGUGGAGUGUGGUACCUGCAGACUCAGCCAGCAACAGCAGCAGUAUUUCAGGAGGAGAUGGUAGCACUGGGGGCAGGAAAAACAAAGCAUCGUCGGUGGCCUUUGUCCUGGUGGGUUCUGGGGUGAUCAUGCUGCUGCUCUCCUUGUGUGUGGGAAUGAGGAAUAAGCAGCGGGAGCAGCGCUAUCUCCAGGAGGUCCAGAACAACCGCGAGGUGGCAGAUCAGGGCGGACGAGAAAGUGCUGAGGAACAAGCGCAGAGGUAUGCUGUACCCACCUAUGAGGAGGCAGUAGGCAGUGGCCAGUACCCGGUUAGUCAGAGCAACCACCAUCCAAGCUCCUCCCAUCUACCUUCCUACGAUGACCUGGUUGCAGUUGAUGGAGUACAGUAUGAACACGAAGGGUCAGAGCCCGCAACUGCCACGUCACAACUACCCGCUCCGGCCUCCAGCGCUCCCACCGCUCCCACCGCUGAUGCGCCAAAUCGUAGAUCUGCGAAAAAUACCCGCAAGCUCCUCCCUAUCAAGAUCCGCAGGAUUAAAUCAGAGAAGCUGCACAUGAAAAACAUUGAUAACGCUCAGCCAGCAGCUGAAAUCAGUGUGGAACCACUAACUCCACCACCACAGUAUGAGGGUAAAGUGCCUCCCAUUUAAGAUCAACAUGAUCUAAACUUAAGCCAGGACUUGAAGAUGGCUUUUCCUCCAGAAUGUUCACAGAGGCACUUUUAAAGUUCAGCAAUGAUCACGUGAUCACUACGAAGUAGGUAACAGAAAAUAAAACUAGAUUUUUUUGGGAACUGACUGGAUCUGUGAAACAAGUACAGACGGACUUGCUGGAUCUUUUCUUACUGUGACAAUGUGGCACAGUGAAUUCAGAGCAGCCACCAAAAAGCAGUGUUUCUUGACGCCAAAGUUGUUUUCAUGACAUUAUUUGCAGUUGUGGUAUUUGUUUGCAUGCAUGAAUACAGUACACGCAGGUGCACUUAAUCUGUGAAGUGUCUGUACUACAAGUGCGGUAUUGGAUUCCUGCCAGUAGUUUCCUAAAAGUAGACUCUACGGUGUGUGUGACAUUGUUUGCAUUCACCUGACCCGACCUGAUGUGGAAACUCCCUCAUUGUCAACAGUAUUUGUACAGUACAGGACCGUACUUGUGGUCCAGACAGUCAGUUUUGUAUUAAGAUUGCAGAGAGUCUACUGUGUCUUACACACACACACACACACACACACACACACACACAGGUCUGUGCUCUUACUCUUUUGUUUCUUUCUUUGUCUGCAUAACUAAAACAUGUUUUUAAAAAAUAUAUUUAUGUAGCAUAUAGUGAGAUGGAGUGUACUGGACUGCACCAUUUAAGAUGCUUCUUUUGCUAAGCAUAACAUCAGCUGCAGCUGCCAUGACUCUUAGUAACAGGCAGGCUAAACAUGGUCGGUAACGUUGUUGUUGUUAAAUGUUUGAAGAAAUAUACAACCUGUUUUACCGUAUAGUAUCAGUACACUUAAACAAUAUUUAUGUUUAACAGAAAAAAAUGAACCUGUUCCUCUUUUUUUUUAAAACACUGUGCUGCACAUGAAGAGGUCAGUGGAACAGAAGCUAUUUAACAUAUGGAGACAAUGUGAAACAGUACUUUCACUUUAGGGAAGCUGUAUUUUAAGGUAGGGACUUCAGCUAAAUUACUAUUUGACAGCCAGUUUAAAUAAGUAAACAAAUUAUAUUUGGAAGGACAUCGUCAAUUUGAGCAUUCGGAAACACUGGUCGACAUUUUUUUUUACCGAUUUGUGGUGUUUUAAGGACCAGGCGACUAAGAAAAUAAUCAACAGAUUGAUUGUUAGUGGAAAAUAAUCAUUAGUUGCUCAAAUUAGAAGAUGAUGUUUAGUCUUCCAUUGGAGGCAUGAUUCUGGCUAUUUGAUCAAAUCUUAUAUACAGGUUUGUAGCUCUGGUUUAGUUGGUGGUAGGGUAUGACCAAAACAUCAUUGCUCACCAUUAGUUUACCAUUUAACAUACAUUUCUCCCUCAAAGUCUCACGUCAUCAUGUUUUUAUGAAGUGGUAAUGCUCACUGACGGCUGUGUCUUCCACUUGUAGCCACUAAUGUGCAGUUUAAUGUGUUCAGAGUCCCGCCGAUGCCAUACCUAAAGCAUUUCACAGGACUGAAACUAAGCUAAGAUCAUGCUCUUUCGACAACAGCAUUGCUUUUGUUCCUAUGGACAGUAGAGAAGGAAGUAUGACACGACACGAAGGAAGGAGCUUUGUGAAUAGUUGAAAGCCCUCGGCUGUAGCCACAGUGAGCACAGUUGAGCUGUAAAGGCAGCAGCCUCUGCUUCUUGUCUGUAUUCGAGAUGACCAACAGAGAGUUUCUUUGACUGUGCAGCUGUGCCAUAAUAACAGCAACUAUUACUCACCCUCGCACUCAUCACAUUCCUCCAGCCACAGCUCAACUCGCAGCCCUGUUUUCACUUAAAAGUUUGCAGAGAAAAGAGACAUUUCGAGGUUUUAAACAGUUGCAGUUUAUUAUCACUCACGCUAACAUUUCAAGUUUGGUGAAGUUGCACAAUAUUUCUUUUUUUUUACCUUUUUUUUUUGUUGCAAAAGGCACAUUUUAUUAGUGAUUUUUUUUUUUAUAAAUCGUCUCCGGUGCAGUUAAUGUGUUAGGAUUUGUUGUCAAAGCUGAAUGGAACAAGGUCAUUGACAGCUUAACAGAUGUAUGUCCACAUUUCUGUCACUUUUUUUAAGUUAAGACUUUUCACACUGUGUAUUAAUUAUCUAUAAAGACUCCUUGUACCUCACUGGCCACAGAACCAGAAAACCACAUGACUGAUUUUAUUACUCUGUAUUCAAGAAGGUUUUAAUUGGAUGAAUGUCAGUCAUUCUCAGUGUCCAAGUGCCCAAAACACACAUUUCUUGUUUCAUCUACUGUUGCUUUUUUUUUUUUUUUUUACAACUUAUAUACAUAUAAUUCCUUUUAUACUGUGUGUACUGUGAAUAUAUACUUGUCUGUCAUAGUUUUAAUUGUGUUUGUGGAAAGUUUUGUCCGCCCCGGAAGAGCAAAAAUAAUUGAUCUCAUGAAUAUUUUAUGAGAAAUAAAAGUGUUUGUUUUUUUAUGAAA